CUGUCGGCUUCGAGGGCAGGGUUUAGCCGCGGCGAUGUUACCUUUCACGGUGAAUUUCAAGGUGUCGGCCCGCACCCUCACCGGGGCCCUCAGCGCCCACAACAAGGCGGCGGUGGACUGGGGCUGGCAAGGUUUAAUUGCUUAUGGCUGCCAUUCGCUUGUGGUAGUGAUUGAUUCCAGUACUGCCCAAACUCUUCAAGUUUUAGAAAAGCAUAAAGCUGAUGUUGUCAAGGUUAAGUGGGCCAGGGAAAAUUAUCACCAUAACCUGGGCUCGCCAUAUUCCUUGCGCCUGGCUUCUGCUGAUGUCCAUGGAAAAAUCAUAGUUUGGGAUGUGGCAGCAGGAGCGGCUCAGUGUGAGAUCCAGGAACAUGCCAAGCCUAUUCAGGACGUUCAGUGGUUAUGGAGCCAAGAUGCUUCCCGAGACUUACUGCUUGCCAUCCACCCGCCAAAUUACAUCGUGCUCUGGAAUGCAGACACUGGCACCAAGCUGUGGAAGAAGAGCUAUGCGGACAACAUCCUUUCUUUUUCUUUUGACCCUUUCGAUCCCUCACAUUUAACUUUACUCACCAGCGAGGGUAUUGUGUUCAUCUCAGACUUCUCCCCGUCCAAGCCUCCCUCAGGCCCUGGGAAAAAAGUCUACAUAUCCAGCCCACACUCGAGCCCAGCUCACAGCAAGCUGGCUGCAGCCACGGGGGCUAAAAAGGCCCUUAAUAAAGUCAAAAUCUUAAUCACGCAGGAGAAACCUAGUGCUGAAUUCAUAACUCUCAAUGAUUGCCUUCAGUUGGCAUACCUGCCUUCCAAAAGGAACCACAUGUUGUUACUCUAUCCUCGAGAGAUUUUAAUCCUCGACCUUGAGGUGAAUCAGACAGUGGGUGUGAUUGCAAUAGAACGAACAGGAGUUCCAUUUCUGCAGGUAAUACCCUGCUUUCAACGUGAUGGUUUAUUUUGCCUACACGAAAAUGGCUGUAUAACUUUACGUGUUCGAAGAUCUUAUAAUAGUAUUUUCAACACUUCAAAUGAGGAAUUAGAUCCAGAUCCUGUCCAGGAGCUUACCUAUGAUUUACGAAGCCAGUGUGACGCCAUCAGGGUGACCAAAACUGUCCGUCCCUUCAGUAUGGUGUGCUGUCCCGUCAACGAGAAUGCGGCUGCCCUCAUAGUGAGCGACGGAAGGGUCAUGAUCUGGGAACUGAAGAGUGCCGUUUGUAAUCGAAGUUCACGGAGCAGCAGCUCCGGUGUGUCGCCUUUGUAUUCCCCCGUGUCUUUCUGUGGAAUUCCUGUGGGCGUGCUACAGAAGAGGCUCCCGGACCUCUCCUUAGACAACAUGAUUGGGCAAAGCGCAGUCGCUGGGGAAGAGCAGGCCCCGGGCCCCGCCCUGCAGGAAGUGCACCUCAGGUUCUUGCUCACGGGGCUGCUGUCGGGGCUGCCCGCGCCGCAGUUCGCUGUCCGCAUGUGUCCGCCGCUGACCACGAAGAACAUCAAGCUGUACCAGCCCCUGCUCGCUGUCGGUACAAGCAACGGCUCUGUCCUGGUGUACCAUCUCGCCAGCGGGCUGCUGCACAAGGAGCUGAGCGUCCACUCGUGUGACGUCAGGGGUAUUGAAUGGACAAGUUUGACUGGUUUUCUUUCUUUUGCUACCUCAACACCAAAUAAUGUGGGAUUAGUGAGAAAUGAACUUCAGCUGGUUGAUCUUCCAACAGGUAGGAGCAUUGCUUUUCGAGGUGAACGUGGCAAUGAUGAAUCGCCCAUCGAAAUGAUUAAAGUAUCUCAUUUGAAGCAGUAUUUGGCAGUUGUAUUCAAAGAUAAACCCCUGGAGCUAUGGGAUGUUAGGACUUGUACCAUUCUUAGAGAAAUGUCCAAAAACUUCCCUGGAAUAACUGCUUUGGAGUGGUCGCCCUCUCACAACCUGAAGAGCCUGAGAAAGAAACAGCUGGCCACCCGCGAGGCCAUGGCCCGCCAGACUGUGGUCUCAGACACAGAGCUGAGCAUCGCUGAGUCGUCUGUGAUCAGCUUGUUGCAGGAAGCGGAAAGUAAAUCUGAACUCAGUCAGAACAUCUCCGCCCGAGAGCACUUUGUGUUCACCGACGUCGACGGCCAAGUUUAUCAUUUCACCGUUGAAGGAAACUCAGUGAGGGACAGCGCUCGCAUCCCACCAGAUGGAAGUAUGGGUAGUAUUACCUGCAUCGCUUGGAAGGGCGAUAUGCUAGUUCUUGGGGAUACGGAUGGAAAUCUAAAUUUUUGGGAUUUGAAAGGCAGAGUAUCCAGAGGGAUACCUACGCACCGAAGCUGGGUGAGGAAGAUUCGCUUUGCCCCUGGUAAAGGAAACCAGAAGUUAAUAGCGAUGUACAACGACGGAGCUGAAGUGUGGGAUGCGAAAGAGGUUCAGAUGGUGAGCAGUUUAAGAAGCGGGAGAAACGUGACCUUCCGGAUAUUGGACGUGGACUGGUGUACAUCCGACAAAGUGAUCUUGGCAUCAGACGAUGGGUGUAUCCGAGUCCUCGAGAUGUCUAUGAAGUCUGCGUGUUUUAGAAUGGAUGAACAGGAGUUGACCGAGCCUGUGUGGUGCCCGUACCUCCUGGUUCCGAGGGCCGCCCUCGCCUUGAAAGCCUUCUUACUGCACCAGCCAUGGAACGGGCAGUAUUCUUUGGAUAUUUCCCAUGUUGAUUACCCAGAAAAUGAAGAAAUAAAGAAUCUCCUUCAAGAGCAGCUGAAUUCAUUGUCUAAUGAUGUGAAGAGCCUCUUGCUCGACCCGGAAUUCACGCUCCUGCAGCGGUGCCUGCUGGUGUCCAGGCUGUACGGCGACGAGUCGGAGCUGCACUUCUGGACCGUCGCGGCACACUACCUGCACAGCCUGUCCCCCGCGCUGGUGGCGGCAGAGACUGCGUCGCAGGACAGAGUGAACAACCCGCUGGACAUAUGCUAUGACAUACUCUGUGAAAAUGCCUAUUUUCAGAAAUUUCAGCUGGAAAGGGUUAAUCUGCAGGAAGUAAAACGGACAACUUACGAUCACACGCGGAAAUGUACAGACCAGCUCCUUCUCUUGGGCCAGACAGACAGAGCUGUGCAGCUGCUACUGGAAACAAGUGCCGAUAACCAGCAUUAUUACUGCGACUCGCUGAAAGCCUGUUUGGUCACAACUGUCACCUCAUCAGGCCCCUCCCAGAGCACCAUUAAGCUGGUGGCAACGAACAUGAUUGCCAACGGCAAGUUGGCAGAGGGCGUUCAGCUGCUCUGCCUGAUAGACAAAGCCGCAGACGCCUGCCGCUACCUGCAGACGUACGGCGAGUGGAGCCGCGCAGCAUGGCUCGCAAAGGUCCGUUUAAAUUCUGAAGAGUGUGCCGAUGUUCUAAAGCGCUGGGUCGACCACCUUUGCUCUCCACAAGUCAACCAGAAGUCGAAGGCCCUUCUGGUCCUCCUCUCCUUGGGCUGCUUUUCCAGUGUGGCCGAGACGCUUCACAGCAUGAGAUACUUCGACCGAGCUGCCUUGUUUGUGGAAGCUUGUCACACGUAUGGCGCGAUUGAAGUCAAUGAGGACACAGAGAAACUCUUCUCUGCCAUAUACGCCGAUUACGCCCGAAGCCUAAAGAACCUCGGUUUUAAACAGGGAGCCGCUCUUUUUGCUUCAAAAGCUGGAGCAGCCGGCAGAGAUCUGUUGAGUGAGCUGGAAGCCCCCAAAAAGGAACUGAUUGAAGAGUGACGGGCGGACACGCGCCUGGAACGUGGACCUCAUGGAGGACGCGCUGGGCUUCGGUGUGCCUUCGGUCACGGGCGCAGCCUGGGCUGGUGGAGGUGCUGUCCCUUCCCGCGCCCUCGAGCUGUGUCACUGGCUUCGAAGGCUCCCUGUGCGCGGCCGUAUGGAAGGAACGUCCUCAUGGCUGGGAGCUGGUCUGCGUCCUGUGUUCACUUCGGAGAAAAACGUGAACGCUUCAGGUUUUCAAAGUAUAUAACAUUUUAUACUUUUGGAGUUUAAGAGUCUUUGGAAAUACUUUAAUUUUUUUUAAACUUAAAAUUCAAGUGACUGAAUUGCUUUUCUUAUUGAUUAAAUUUAAAGAUGUUUGAAAAAUCUAUAGUAAGAAAGUUUGUGAGACCUAUUCUCUAAUAUGUGCUGUGCCUGUGUUUAUUUACAAUCAUUUCAGAUACAAACAGAGCAGAAAUAUUUAAACAGUGAUGACUUACCAAAGCAUUCCUUGUUUUCAGACCUUGGAAACAUACAAGUGUUCACCCCCUCGUUCAAGCAGUGGCUAAGUUUUCUAAUUUCAGGCUCAUGGGCUCAUAGGGAAAUGUUAAGCUUUACGUUUUGUUCCAGUAUGUGGGGUCCUUGAUCUUUUGAAUUUUAAUUCUUUCUGUGAUCUAGUACAUUAACCUCCUUUUUGAAACCUCUGUGCUUUACUUUUCUGUCUUUGUGUUAAUAUGAGAUGUGACUAUUAUAAAUUAUUGCUGAGAAUUUAAAUGUCUAUAACUUACAGAAAU